GCAAGGAGGCGGAAAUAUUUCAGUACCCUUGAAGCGGACAGCGCUCCCGGGAUCCGCACGCUUUCUGAACACCGGGCUCCUCAUCCAAGCCCGGCGAGCAGGCAGGACCAUAUUCAUACCGGGGUUAGGGGACGGUGCAGCGGUCACGGUAAAGCUCUUGCAACAUCGUGACAGUUGCAUGCUGCUGUAGUGGAAGGGUGAGAGAAAGGGAGGAAGAGAGAGAGAAGGGGAGCAUCAAUACAGAGAGAGAUGGCGGAGUGCGGGCGGAAGGCGCUGUCUCUCCUGGAAGCGGCCCGCUCCCGGUACGAGAGCCUGCAGAUAUCCGACGAUGUGUUCGGGGAGUCCGGGGAUGACAGCAGCGACAAUCCCUUCUACAGCACCUCCGGGGACUCCGACUCCGACAACUACAUAGCCGAGGUGGGUGAGGAGGACCAGCAGCAGCCGCAACACCACCACCACCACCACCACCAGAAACGGGGCGAUAAGGAGGGCAGUGGACACCGUGGGGGGUCCGGAGGGGGCGGCGGUCCCCCGGGCGCCCUGUCCCGUAGUCAGGCGGAGGAGGAAGGCUGGACGGAGACUCUGCAGGAUGUCACGGUGCCGCCUUUCAAAGAGACAUAUGGCCCUGCUCAGAAGAUGACGUCCAGCGCCACAGCCCUGGACUUCUUCCAGCUCUUCGUCCCAGAUAACUGCAUCCAGAACAUGGUCACCCAGACCAACAUGUAUGCCAAGAAGUUCCAGGAGCGCUUCGGCUCAGACGAGGGCUGGCGUCCCGUCACAACCCAGGAGAUGAAGGCCUUCCUGGGCUUCGUCACCUCCACCAGUGUGCAGCGCUGCGAGUCCGUGCUCAGCAUCUGGAGCUCGGGCUUCUUCAGCAACCAGAGCAUCGCCCUGAAGAUGAGCCAGGCGCGCUUUGAGAAGAUCCUCAAGUAUUUCCACAUUGUGGCUUUCCGGCCGUCACAGGGGAGCAACCAGGGCCUGUACAAGAUCCAGCCCUUCCUGGACUCGCUGCAGCAGUCCUUCAGCUGCACCUUCAGACCCUCACAGACACAGGUACUUCAUGAGCCGUUGAUAGACGAGGACCCGGUGUUCAUCACCACCUGUACGGAAAGAGAGCUGAGGAAGAGGAAGAAGAGGAAGUUCAGCCUCUGGGUUCGACAGUGUACCUCCACCGGAUUCAUCUGUCAGAUCUCAGUGCAUCUGAAGGAAGCCACAGACUGUCUGGCCACCUUGAAGAAUAAGCCUCAGCUCCACAGCCUGGUGGCCAAGCAGCUCUGCCAGAACAUCUCUGGCAAGAACACCAUUAUUUUCACAGGGCCGUCCAUCACCAGCCUCGGACUCUUCACCGAAUUCAGCAAACAAGAUAUCUACUGCUGUGGCCUGCUGAGCACCAGGAAGAGUGACUGCACAGGUCUACCACAGAACAUGUUGGUGUGCAGCUCCACGCCAGCGCAGCGCGGCCAAUCACGAACCAUGAUGAAGGGCAGCAUGUCGCUGAUCAGCUGGUACAACAAGGGACACUUCAGGUUCCUCACCAACGCUUAUCCCCCAACAAAACAAGGUAUCAUCAUUAAGAGGAAAAGUGGGGAGAUCACUUGUCCCCUGGCUGUUGAGGCCUUUGCGGCGCACCUCAGCUACAUCUGCAAAUAUGACGACAAGUACAGCAAGUACUUUAUCUUUCAUAAGCCUAACAAGACCUGGCAGCAGGUGUUCUGGUUGAGCAUCAGCAUCGCCAUCAACAACGCGUACAUCCUCUACAAGAUGUCCGAUGCCUACACGGUUAAACGCUACAGCCGAGCGCAGUUUGGAGAGAGACUGGUCAGGGAGCUGCUGGAUUUAGACGACUGCUCUCCCACACAGUGAGGAGGAGGACGGCAGCAACAGAAACACACACACACAAACACACACUUACACUUCAUAACAGUUGUACAGACUCUGCAGUCUGUGUUUAUGUGAUAAUACUGAAGCAGUGCCAAGUCUACGUCUCUCUUCUGCUAGUUGUUUUCGGUGGUACUGUAAAUAUUCAUUAACACACAGCUGCACUGUACACAGAAUAAUGAGCCAUGGGACAUUACACAUGCCUCAACUGCAACUUUUAACCACACAAAUGUACUAAGGAUGUGUCACCAGGAGCUAUUUCACAAGCAGAGAUGCAGACGGGAACAAUGAAGGAGCAAUUCAACCUUAAAUGAUGUCAGCUUCCAGUUUUUACUCUUAUCAAAGAGUGAAGGCUCAAACAUGAACUUGUCAGGCUAAAAGGCUGCAUGUAUCUCAAUGUAAACUCUGCAAAAAAACACCUGUGAUCGUGAAACAAGAGCUUAGUAAACCAGGACUAUAGUGUGUUCACACGCUGCAUGCAUAAAGAAUCUGGAUUGUGAUGUUUUCUUGUUUGGUGUGAAAAUGAUUUCUGCUGGAGGUGGGUUGGAUUUUUUUUUUUGGUUGUGUGUGUGUGUGUGUAUGUAUUUAGCAAGUGGAACUGCCAUUUGUGUGCUCGACGUUGAGCCUGAGGAUGUAAAUGUACGGCUAUUGUGACCCAGAUGUAUCGUGUUGCUGCAUACUGUACUCGCUAGAGGAAGACUGUCAGGUGACGUAAAGCCACACACAGCAGUGUAAAUACCCUCCUGCUUAAAACAAGUUUUUAAAAAUAGAUUUUAUUUGCAUAUAUUUUAAAGAACUUGGAUACAAUUUUGCAUAUAUAUGUAUGAUGUUCAAUAUCUUCGACUGAAGAACAAAAACAUUCUUAGGUUUUAUUUAUUAAGAGUUUAACACUUAAACUCUCAACUAGUCUGUUGUUCCUGUGGACUUAUCAGAUUGGACUGACAACAUAAAGUAAUAUUGAUAAAUCCUGAUGGAUGCUCUAAAAUACGUGACUCCACCUACUUCAAACCAGUGAGAAGAGCACGAAUACAAAUAUCAAACUUCUCUUGUAAAAAGAACGUGUUCCAACUGCCACACCUGCAAUCUACUUCUGAAUCAACACUUUCUAAGACAGACAAACUCUAAUUGGUCUGUUUAAUUACUCAAGUAGUUAACUGUGCUUUGCAUGGUACAACAAGCUCAAAAUCGCCUUGAUUUGAUGUUAUAUAAGCCAGUGUUGCUAAGCAACAAGUACAAUCUUGCCGAAUGGGCAGAGCUUUGGACAAAAUUGGUUGGCAAGAUUUGUGUACAGGAAGAAAAAACCCAAACCCAAAUAGCUGGUGGUUUACAAGCUGUCCCAAAAAAAAAACAAAUCUUAAUGUAAAUAGAAGACUAUGUGUGCCCUAAUCUCAUCAGGAAGUCCAGAAAGUAACACAUGAAUUUAGAACUGGAUCGAUGUUAUUUAUCAUAACAAUUGCAAGAAAAAAAUCGAAAUCUUGUUUAUUAUUCAUGAAUUAUCUUAUGUCUCUAUUCAGAAGUGGAAGCAAGGAAACAUUUAUUUCUUCAAGCAGCCCAUUUCUUGCCAAGUCACAGAUUUACACCUGCCAGCCCGCGUCCAGCCAAUGGAAGUGUGAGUGGAGAGGCGAGCGUUUAUUAUCUGAUUAAAUUGCACUUACUGUCUUCGGACCAUAUACCACACUGCUGUCUGUAGCUUUAAUGAGUUAUCCGCAGUCCACUGUGCUUUAUUCAACGUGUCAUGCAGUACACAUGUUAUUGCAGUGCUGGCAUCGCGCUGUGAAGAUUUUAGCUGAAGGGUUUUGAUGUGUGCUUGCUUAAUCAGCAUGGUUCGAUGUGUGAAUAGAUAUAACAGUGAGAUGAUGGUGGCAGGCUCAUGCACUUUCCAAUCACAGUCGUGCACUUUGAGGAGAGUUGUAUAGCAACAUGUUUACUAGAUAAUCCUUUUACUUUUGAACCCUGUGGUAGUAUCCACCGCUCUAAAAAAUGGAUUGAUAAGUUCUGUAAAUAUACAUAGAUAAAUGGAGUAUAUAAAAAAAAAAUGAGGUAAGACUGAAAAUUAAUGACUAUAACCAAAACAGAAACGUUUCCACUUUAGAUCUAGAGUACAAGGUGAAGUAUGUAUGUGUAUAUUUUGUUUACAAAUUAUUGCACUGAGUGUUUGUCCAUUAUCACUCUGUCACUGAGACUCAAGAUUGUGAUUUUUUUAACUUUUUCACUAAUCCAAAGCAUUGUUGUUGUCAUUGUUGCUCUUGUGUCUUAUCACUGUUCACCUAACACUAACACUGUCACCCCCCCCCGUCCUGUCCUGUGUUUGUCAACUGUGGUUUUAUGACGUGAUAUUAUCAACGUCCACAAAUUACACAGAUGUUUAGUAUAAAAUUGAUGAGAUCGUAUUAUCGAAAUUAAGAACAGGUGUUUCUGCAAUUUUAGAAACACCUCUUGUCUGUGAGACUGCAAAUGUCCUUUGUUUGUGAAUAAAGGAAAAAUCCACACUGCUGAAAAAAUCUUAAAUUCAGUUUAAAAGAGUAACUUAAUACCUUGGUGAAUAUUAGUAGAAUUAGAUGGCUCUCUUCCGCAAAACAACUCUUUAAUGGUAUUUUUCAUAUUCCCAAUAACAAACGUGAUGUUUCGCAAAGAAUUUGUCAAAAGUAACUUCAGUGAUAUUAAAUAUAAGAAUUGUUUUGACUUAUUUAAUAUCAAUAAUCACUAAGAUCUAAAAUCCAUUAAAUAAAGAGCAGAGGAACUCAUUUCUCCAUCGAGACUAACCUGAAGAGGCCUUGUUGCGAUUUGUGUUCUGAGUGAGAUGCAUAGGUGCCAUAACUGAAGACGAGACAAGUUGAGAAUGAUAAAAUGAAGCUCCUCAAAGCAAAUAAACCUGAACUGCGUCCCAAAAUGGUGAGGCACAUAUAACUUUCAACAGUAUCCUAGGGUGAUUUUUUCCUUCAGAGUGUGUCAAAAGUGUUUCAAAAUUGGACAUAAGCAGGUGUCACAUACACACCCUAUGAAUGCCAGGAUUUUAGUCCUUAUAUCGCUCGGCUCAGACCACAAAUGAGAAGAGAUCGUGCACCAGGGAUUUUGCAAGGCCAUGGUUACUUUGCAACAAAUUAUAUAUGAGUGUGAGAGGGUAGUAUUGAAGUUUUUCUGCCAAUAUGGAAACAUCGUUAUCACCCCAACUGCAGACCGAGGUGAGCAGCUUUAUGUUGCCUCCCUUUUGAUCCCCUAUCAUAAAAGAAAGGCCGAGGAUCCUCCUCUGUGAUGCUUUAGCUAAUUUAGCUCAAAAAAGGGUUGCGUUUUAGCAGAAAUAGAUAAUAAAAAAACAUGGCUUCAUUUUAAAUCCUCAGGUUGAACUCUGAAGUUAUUAUUCUCUGCAGCUGGCUCUAUUGAUCAGUCUUGAAUCAGAUAUUUCUGUAGUGCCUUUUCUGCUCAUUGUUCCCUCAUUGCAGUGUUGUAUUAAAUUAUGUUAAUUUAAAUUAUAAGAAGAGAUUUGAUUUUUAAAACAUGUAAUAUGGUUAAAUCCUGUCCUGCAUGGUGUACAAAAUAGAAACUAGAGAGAAAAAACACCUUCACAGUAGAGUUUUGAACAUGUGUUAUGGAGCCCUAUGCCCUUGUACUAGUUGUAAAGUUUCCCUUCAAGUGAUAUUUCACAUUUCCACAUAAACAGUGCCACUGGAGUCAACACUGCAUCCUUUGUUAUGAGCUUUGAAUGUAUCUCACAGACAUAAAUCAUUUUUAAAUACCUUGUCUUUGUUCGAUGGAUAAAUGUACCUCCCCAUAAAAAGCGAAAUCAUUGACAGCAGAUUUUUUUGCGUUAACCAUAGAGUGCAAUUUAAUAGAACAGGUGUUGAGCCCCCCUACAGUCAGAACAUCAAAUCGACAAAUAUGGCCUUGAAACAAAUUAUAACCAACAAUUCAAAAGCUCACUUUGAUAUGUCUUGCUACAACAGUGUGGACCUUUUCUCUCCAUUGUCUACCUUUUCACAAAUAGCAGAGGUGUCUGAUCUCUCAUAGCAACUGCUAUAACAGAAAUAUUAGUUUUGUCCGACCAAUGACGGUCCCUAAAUCAAGAAGAUUAAAUAAACCACCCUCAUUGUCAGUUGAUCUGUGGUAAAGAAAUGCAGUGUUGUAUAAGAUGUAUGCGGUUCUGUGUGUUUAAGUGUGAAUCCUCUGUACAGUCUGUCUGUGUUUAUAUCCCGUGAGUGAGACAGUUGUCAUAAGAGUGUGUAAAGAUAUUUAAUUAGUAAUUAACUGUACAAUUUUAAUGGCUGACCUCAGGGCUUCAUAACUAACUGCUGUACAAAAAUAGUAAUAACACACAUUAAUGUACUACUAUAGCCUUAUCAGGUGCUUUCAAACCAUUGUACGAGUAAUAGUAGAGUUAGAUAUGUUGUUGUUUGGAGAUCAGCAACCAAAGGUUAACACCAGGGUCAUAUAACUUACAGUUUUUCCAAUAACAUUUCAGAAAUAUUAAUGUUACCAGGCACCAAAAGCAAACUUUACCUGUACAUAUGAUUGUAGUUUGUAACGUUUGCUGCAGGAUGUUCAGUACUGAGGGCUGAAGUGUUAUCUAGUUUCAGAGAAGCGCCCAAAGUAUGUUUGUAUGUGCAUGUAUUGUUAACGUGAGUGGAAUCAUUUGUGUAAGAUAAGUGGUGUAUGCUGGACCAAAUAACUUGUGUGUGCGGUGAUGAGAUGUACAAGGUUGUAGUGUAAAUGUGUGUUUAUUAAAACUCGCCAUAUGUUGGUUCUCCAUUAAAGCGGAAAAGCAUAUUACUCCAGAGCAAACAUUCACCAUAGCCUUCAAUUCUGCUUUCAAUUCUCCAAUAGGGAGUGUAUGUAAGACUUGAUUUGGAUAAACACUAUGCAUAUGCAAAACAAACUUUUAUCAGUUGAUUUUUUUUACUUUACAUAGGCUAUAAUACAACUUUCAAGAGACUUCAAAAUAAGAUACACAUAUGGGAAAGGAACACAAUUCCCUCACCUUUCUGACCAACAAGUUUCACAUUGUCCCUAAUUGGACAAAACUAUCCCUGUGUACUCAUAAGAUACAAAAUGACUACCCAAAAAAAAAAAAACAGGUUUGCUGGUGCUGUCUGUUGUUGAAAUGUGCUGGUACUAUAAAAACUGCUUGUUGGUUAACCUGCAGAGAUUGUGAAAAGCCUGUCUGAUGUUUUCCAAGCCUCUGAUGGUAGUGAUAUUUCGCCUCCAGCGCCAAACUAAACCUGUCAGUUAACUCACAAGGAUGACUUGCAACACUGAGUAUUUGGUGCUAGGUAAUUAUGGGCCUUUAGGACAUUUCUCACCUUGUUUGACCGACAAACUGAACUAUAAAGGAAUGACUCUGCUGUGCACAGCUCCCUCGCUGUGUUUGUUGUUGUUGUGAUGUGUGUGAGUACAUUCUCUGCUCCCCUGUGAGUGUCUUUCAUUUGGUUUGAAAAAGCUGUCACGGCUACAACAUGAGCUAUAUGUGGCUAAAGAAUAAAAUAAACAUUGUGUGUCAAACUUGA